AUGUAUGUAUCCCCACAUAAAUAUUUAUAUAAUAAAAAUGAUGAAAAUGAUAAUAGAUUUAAUCAGGAAGAAACAUAUUCAAAUAUAUUACAUGAAUUAAUACAACUUGAGAAACCAGAAAAUAUAUUGAGAGUAUUUCUAUGGAAUUCAAAGGGUUUAACUAAAAAGGGUUAUGCCAAAUUAAGAAAGAUUACAAAUCAAAUAAUUACUAGGGAUAUUCAAUUUGAUUUAUAUGUUACUCAAGAGCCUUUGAGUAUAAAUGAAAAGAAUUAUUUAAAAUCGUUUAAUGAUUCUGAAAAGAAAUAUCUAAUAACAUAUCCGCCAGGAAGUAAAAAAGAAGUAGCAAUUAUUUAUAAUAAACAAAAGCUAUCAAUAGAUAAAGAUGGGAUAAAAAACUCUUAUAAUCUAAUAGAGGAAAGUAAAAGAAAGGACAACAAUCAAGGAGUUGAAUACACCACAGAUUUCCUAGAUAAAGGCAAAUACAGAACUCAAAUUGUUCAUUUUAAAAUAAAAUGGGGCGAUGUCAAAGCAAAUAGUGGUUUAAAAUUAUGUGUAAUCAAUAUUCACUCAGUUUACCUGGGAUAUUCGGAAGAAGAUAGAAGGGAUUUUUUAUUAGAAUUUUUCAAAUUUGUAAAUUGGUAUAUAAACAAUAAAAUAGCAAACGAACCCAUCAAGCUGUUGAUACUUGGUGAUUUUAAUCUCGAUUUAAUUGAAUGGAAAAUAGAAGAGAAAGUAUUUAAUACAAUUGGUUUAAAAUUAGUAAUCUCAACAACACCUAAUAUAGACGAAAACUAUUCCGAAACUGAAAUAUCAAAAAAGAAAAUAGAUUUCUUUUGUACUGUUUUUGAUGAAAACUAUGUUAAUAUUCGCAAUGUUUCAAAAAUACCAGUAAGAUAUAAAAAUUACAUUAAUGAUUUUCGAGAUAUUCAAGUUUAUCUCAACAAAAAAAACCUCGAUAUAAAGGGUAUUUCUACACAUGACCCUCUGUUUUGUUACUUGACUUUUGAUAGUACUUUUAAUCUCGUGCACGAAGUGUAUCAAGAAGAAGCUUUUUUUAAUCAAAUGGGUGAUUUAUGUUUGGAGGAUAAAAAAAUGUCACCCAAAGCAAAGAAAAGUGACAAACAACAACCAGCAAAGAGGGGUGGUAAUAUAAAGAAACAAGAAUCUGGAGAAAAAAAUGUCCCACAAUCAGUAAAUAAAGGUAAACAAGUUAAAGAGGAAGAGGAUAUCCAAAACCAACUAAAAAGAGCAAUGGGGGUAAAAAAAAUUGAAGAAUUUGAUUAA